UUAGUAAUCACACACUCACUCACUCUCACACACACAAAAACACACACUCUCAUGGCUCCUCUUUUUGGGUACUACCGAGUCAUCUUCCUUGUGAUUUUCACAUUAUUAGCCGCAAGCUCCAAAGUUCAGUCAUAAACCUUCAAUUCUCUAUUUAUAAUUGUGAAGUGGACGAGGCCUCUGUUCAAAUCGUUUACAUGGCCAAAUCCAAAACCUCAUCAGCCAGUCACAUCCAAGCACUUGCUUCAGUUCUCGGAAGUGAAAUGGCGGCCAAGAAAGCCAUUAUUUAUGAGUACACAAGAACCAUCAACGGAUUUGCUGUCAAGCUCACAGCUGACCAGAUUAAUGCUCUUCUAAAGCAUCCUGCGGUUCUGAAGAUACUUCCAGGUGGUACCGAAAAUGUUGCUGCUCAUGUGUCAACAACUUUGCGAAUUCCAUGAUUUUAUAAAAUAUUUGUAUAUUUGGUAGACACAAGAGUAACAAGAGUAUUUCUGGGUAGAAAUUGACAUAUUAAUUUUUAUGUAUGUGUUAAUUUUUGCUUCAUUAAUUUUAUAAAAUAAUAAUAUUAUGAAUAA